AUGGUCCCAGCCUUUGCUCCCCCUUUGACGGCUGUUCCAGUGAGCUUCCAGCCACUAUCUGCGACACCAGCAAACAUCCGAUCUCGAGCGGGUUCGGUUAGCAGUAAAUUGGACUUUCUGUCUCGCCCCAGCAACAACAUGGCUCAGAACUCCAUGUAUAUACCUCCGGGAAACCCUCCCAUCAUUCAUGCUCGGCAAAGGGCUCCAUCGACACCUCGACCAUACGGCGCCAGGGACAACCGUCCACUCAUGGUAGACUUUGAACAAUCACGCCCUUACUACCCAGGAAAUUCAGCUCCCAUGGAAAACUACGGCCAUAUGAUGAAUCAACCCGUGGGACGCCUGUCUUAUCCUCCAGGGCACUCCAUGCCUCCGGUCCCUGUAUACCCAGAAUGGAAUCAUCCUGUCCACGAGCCGCUGCGACAGGAUGUUGGACCCCUGACUGCCCCGGAAAGCCCAACUUACAUUGUGGAAAGAGCCAACCGGCGAGGUGCGGAUGCAAACCGCGGAAGUUCCCAGUACAUUUCUCAGAGACGAACCUCCAUCCGGGGUGAUGAAUUCGAUGGCCCCCAUCAAAUCCUGGACCCUCCUUCGUCUCGAAGUGUGCCCACUCGAGAGGAAGAGCUACCACAGCUUCCCACUAACCUAGAUGCUGCUGAACAAGACAAGAUCUUGCAUGAAGUCAAUGACCGUCUGUCUCUAUCAGCUUAUGAGUUUUUUGCAAGAUAUCAAUUCCCCAUUCCCCUGGAAACGGACAAGAGGCCCGUUCAAGUCCCUUCAGACCGGGAGUGGAAUGAAUGGGUGCAUCUUCUGAAAAGACUUGCCACUAGACGUCGGAUCCCCCGACACACUCUGCACAACGGCCAAAUCAAGCAGCUCAUCACUGUUUUGGAAAAUUCCCUAGAGAUGCGUCAUGCUGCCAAGCAUAGCUCGCGACCCGUCAAGGAUGACCGUAACGUGCUUCAGCUCAUCUCCGCAGGAACGCAGGUUGCAAAAAUCCUCAAGGAUUCCAGCGCCAUGCAGUUCUUCGAUCGUCUUUAUGUGGACACGGAGAAGAUGAUUCAUGACCGACGCCGCCGCGUCAGAUUUGCUAGCCCUUGA